AUGAACGCCAAUCAUAUAUGUCAGAGACAUCUUGACCUUAACGCACAGAGUGGUAUUACAAGCUACGAUAUCAGUUCCCUGGUUGAUGAUGAUUUUGAGGUAAUCGGUAGUUUGAGUGAUACACUUCGUUCGGUAUCACUGGAAACUGGUUCAGGCAUACCUCUGUAUGAUAUAGAGAUUGGUAACCGUAAUGACACUAUUGCCGAAAACUGUACUAGUGCAGCUGUUGUAGCCAAUAAAGAGGUUGAUGAAAGCACACCACUAGCGAAUAACAGUUUGAAUUUGAUGUCAAGCGAUGACAUUGAUCGGAACACUGAUAUUUUCAUGGAGAAUGUUGUUAAAUCAUCAUUAAUUGAUCGUACAAAUCUUCCGUUGCAUCUCCACGAAGACCCAAUCAAUACAGUUGAGUCAAUUCGAGCUGACUAUCAAGCAGCGCAGCAAUCAGCUAAGCAGGAAAAUGAGUUGUUACGUAAAGCGUGUGAAAAAAAGAAUGAACAGAUAAGUUUUUUACUGGAUGAAGAAGUUGCACAGAAAGUUCAGCUUAAUGCGGAAUUGGAAGAAACUCAGCGCGUUCUUAAUGAAUGCAGGCAAGUUAUCUUUUUUUUUUUUAGCAUUUCGGGUUACAGCGCUUUAGCAGGCUUGAUAAAAGUAGACGAGGAGGUUGCCAGCAAAAUUGAGCGCGAAGACAUUAUCAAAGUUUUGCAGACCACAAUUGUACAGCUUCAGAGUAGCGAUGAUUUUAGUAGUCUUGGAUCAAGUGUAAUUAAUGAACAAACUUUGGUUUCUUCGCUGCAUGAGAAAGAGGAACUCAUUGAGGCACUUAAAAAGCAGUUAGAAGAAGCUGAGGGACGGUAUGAAAGGGAGCAUAAGGAGGUACUGGAUUUAGAAGAAAUAGUAAAAAUCCUUCACGAAUACGUUCAAAAUGACCAGCAAACGCACGUGGAAUAA